CCUAUUCAUAGUACAAAACAUAUGACGCCGACUGAUACAGGAAGAGCCCACUGCCAGAUUGAUUUUUCUUACGGCCAAUCGAAAAGCAAUAUUCGCACGCUAAGCCCGCCUUCAUCCAAAAUUGGCCAAUCACGGUCGGGGAUGGGAACUUCCGCCACUGCGACGAAGCAUGUCCCAUUGUACGAGCUGUUCUCAAAGAGUGCCGCGAUUGUUGCGUUGCAGGCUGUUAAAUGCGUGAUUUCUCCAAACUUGUUUCAUCUGUUGCAGCCGGUUGACGCCUUUCAGCUCAGAAUCGCGUGAGAUUGUUGUCACACGCGAAUCUUACCGAAAAGUAGCGGGUUGUUACCGGGACAAACAAGCGGCGGUCUCACCAGAGGAAUUCGUUCGUUAGCGGCAGCUGAGCCACCUUGCGGUCCUGUUAGCACUGGAGCUAGCUAACGUUAGCAGCUGCUGUUAUUGUAGCGUGAGUCUGACGGAGAUCUGCGGGAAUAUGUCUUCAACCAGAGGCUGUCGUGUUUCGAAAUAAGUCACCGGAGUCGGGAUAAAACACACGGGGCUGUUAGCUCGCGAACCAAACCACUUAGCUCUGCUAGCUAGCUAGCUGCGACGCUACCGGAUUGUCUUUCACAAAAGGGCAACGCGUGAACAAGAGACUUGGUCGCCAACCCAACGCUGGCUUUUAACUGAUUCUGCUUGGGCUACCGCUUAAAGAGCACCACAAGAAGCGUACAGAAUGAAUGGGUUCAGCACAGAGGAGGACAGCCACGAUGGACCGCCUGCUCCGCCGUUUUACGGACAGAGCUGCUGCCUGAUCGAGGACGGGGAGCGCUGCGGCCGGUCAGCUGGAAACGCCUCCUUCAGCAAGAGGAUCCAGAAGAGCAUAUCGCAGAAGAAACUGAAGCUGGACAUUGACAAGAGUGUGCGACACCUCUACAUCUGUGAUUUUCACAAGAACUUCAUUCAGAGUGUCCGCAACAAGAGGAAGAGGAAGACCAGCGACGACGGAGGGGAAUCCCCAGAUCAUGAUGUGGAGGUGCCUGAGGUCGACCUUUUCCAGCUGCAGGUGAACACGUUGAGACGCUACAAGCGACACUACAAGCUGCAGACUAGACCUGGACUCAACAAGGCCCAGCUGGCAGAGACGGUGAGUCGUCACUUCAGGAAUAUCCCUGUGAACGAGAAGGAGACACUGACCUACUUUAUUUACAUGGUGAAGAGCAGCAAGAGCCGCUUGGACCAGAAAGGGGAGGGCGGCAAACCGUUGGACUAAGCUUCCCAACAACAUCGACACCGCAGCGGCAGUAGCUACAACAAAAUCUACAGCAAACCAUAACCACAGUGACAAACAGCAACAACAAGCACCAUCUGCAGCAGCAGCAAGAGCCGAACACCACUAACAAAAACAGCAACCAAAACCAGCUCCUCCUGCAACCUUGUCACCGUCCCACUCCUCUGUAAGACCGGAACGUGAACUCUCGCUGUCCUCAAAGGACGUCAAACAGGACUGGAGGAGAACUCAGGCUGGGAUGAGUUUGCUUUUGCUCAUUUAACAUAAAUACAGUCGAAAAACGGUCGAUCCUCCUGCUCCGACUCUUCCAAAGGUUGUCUCCUUUUUCCUCCGCAAAAGCCAGGUCCCUUAAAGACUUUCAAGGACCAGGACUCACUCCGCAGGGUUUUUUUCCGUCGUCAUGCUGUAAUGUAAUUUGUCGAUAUGUACAAAAGAACCACGUCUGAUCUCAAGUAACCUGGCUGAAUGCAAUGUACAAAUAUAGCUGCCUUAAGAGUAAAAAGCAAAACACAUUUUGGUAAUUUUGGGGAUUUUUGUUUUGUUUUGUUUUUCCUUUGCCGGGUUGACUGUUAACACGUUCACCAUCCACAAGGAAUGCUUGUGCCAAACAGGAACUGAAUGAUGCUGAGUGGAAUUUUUGUUUUUGUUUUUUGUAUUUUAUUGUGAAUGAAUGAAUUGUUGGGAAGAGGGGGUGCCACCGUCACUGAAGUCACAUCUAGCUUGUGAGGGGCUCGGGGUCUGUUUGCCCCGUUCAAAAUUCACAUAAAAAGAGAAAAACCUUCCAAUAACGUCUAAAACAAAUAGUAAAUAUGUAAGUCGUCCUUUUCCAUCUGGAUGUGGUGAAUGAUGUAGCUUUUGGCCAUGACCCACUCUUUUGUAUGUAGGUAUGAACACACACAUACUGAUUAUUUCUCUAGCUGCUUUUCUUUUUCUUUUAUAGCAGUUUCUUUCUCUUUAGUUGAGCCUUAAUUCUACAAGUUGUAAAAAGUUGUUUUUGUUUGCAGACAUGAUUUUGUUUUCUUUUGUCUUUUUCUUUUUCCGCCUGAAAUGGAAGAUGUGUGUGAGUGAGUGACAGAGGGUGAAAGAGUAAAUAUUGGCAUCAUUUUAAUAUUUAAAAGCUGUGUUCUUAGUGGACAAAGUCUUAUCAUACUUGGAUGGAUUUUAAGAAGCUAGUUAUCGGCCAGAUGAGUUUUUCCCCUUCCGAAUUUUGAAUAAUUUAUCAACUUAUAACGUGAAUCUAGACGUCCUUCUUCUGUAAUCAGCUGGCAGAAGUCAAAUGAAGUCUUGAAAGUUUAACAUUUUUAUGUACAGUUGAAACAAUCCUGCUGCUUCACAUUCGUCCCCAGAACAUCAUAAAGGUCUGAUAUGAAUCUAAUUUGGCACCAAAUGUGCACCACACCAUAACUGAUUAUCUGCUGAUCGAUCACAAUGUUUAGUUUGUGACAUAAAAUGAAAUGACUGCCCCAAAGCCAAGUCUGCAAACAGUAUAUUUUAGCUGACUCUCAGUUUUCAUUUGCUACGAUAUGAAGGAGAAGUGAAGUGAAGAUUAUUCGUUGGAUUGGGUCUUUUUAUAUUUCAGUAAUAUUACUUGAUGAGAAAUGACCAGUAGCCCUUUGGCAGGUGACUCCUGUUAACAUGUAACAUUCAAUACGAUGAACCCUACGUGGUUAUUUUAAAUUCUUAGUGAACGCUGAAGCCUCCAGGCGACUGACGACUUCUUCAGUUUCAUCUCUUUAAGUCUGAUUCUGUGUUUUUGUUUUCAGUGACCACGUGGACUGUACGACACAGUUUGGACUUUUUGUCUCGGGAUUGUUUCUUCUUUUCCUUUUUUUUAAAGCUCAUCAUCUUCUGUCAUGUUAUAUUUAAGUUUGUCCACCACACUGAGUUUGUUUCCUCCUGACAAGGUUUUUUUUGUUUUGUUUUAGCAUCUGUUGUACUUUCAGUUUUGCUCGUAGGUUUGUUAGUGUCAUGUAGAUAACACCAACUCUAUUAACACAUAGGCCAUACCACAUUAACCUAAUUAUUGUAUUAGAAAAAAAACAUAUUUAAAUAUGGCUGCUUAUUGCUCCUAUUGAUAAUAAUUAUAAUAAUAAAUGUAUUGUACAGGCAGAA